CAGGUGCCUUUGUUGUUGUUAUUGGCGCUAAAUGUCUCCUUUAGCAUGAUGUCUACACGCGUCUCGGGACUAUGGCCCGUUUUGACCCUGCAGGGACUAUUCUGACUGUUGGGUUCAGGAAAAGGUCGUGGGUGGGCUCACGGUUCUGUGACACCCGGGAAGAACGGGGUGGUUAAAGAAGAAAGAGACUUUAGGAAAGGUGCCAUGAGGGACACGGACCCCGGUCUCCUGGGUGAAAGUCCCGUGUACAUAUUGAAUAGUAAUUUGAAAUAAACAAUAAAUACAGAAACACAUAUAAAUAUAAAUUGGCUGUUUAACAUAAGAAAAGAAGAGAGGAAAAAGAGGCUCAAAGGAUUGAGUAAGAUAUACUACUGUUCUUGCUGGAAUAUAAUAAUCAUAAUAGUCUUUGGUCUACUGCUGACGGUGGGGGUGUGAGACCAGAUGGAGUAAUAGACUACAGAGUCACUUACGGACUCCCGGGGGGCCGUGAUGCGGGUUCUGUGGGGUGGGGGUGGGGUGUUCCCUGGCUCAGCAGCCUCCGUGGACACUGCUGGAGCAGACAGCCGCGCUGCCAGACGCACGCGCUCUCCACGGGACUGAGAUCGGCGGCGGAGGAGGAAGAAGAAGAAGAAGAACAAGAAGAAGAAGAAGAAGAAGAAGGAGAAGAUGUCAGUGGCAGUGAAGAAGAAAAAAGGCGUAAAGGCCGAGUUAAGAAAGUGCGCGUGGCGCUCCUGGAGACUCUUUCCUCACCUGCUGCUGUGUCUGACUCUGGUCGCGUACGCGGCGCUGGGCGCGCUUCUGUUCCGGUACAUUGAAGGAAGGAACGGGAGCGGCAGCCCCCCGGAGUACCACCGCUUUCUGGCUCAGAUCGUCACCACCGUGCAGAACCUCACCGACAACGCCUCCAACACACAGCAACACAUUGUGGACGGCGUGGCGGCUCAGAUGGAUAACUUCCAGUCCAUAUGGCUCCAGAGACCUGACCGAUGGGAUUUCUUUGGCUCCAUGUUCUUCUGCUGCACCGUGUUCACAACCGUCGGAUAUGGAGAGAUCUAUCCAGUUACCUUGACUGGUAAGGUGGUGUGUGUGUUGUACGCCAUGGUGGGCAUCCCUUUAAUGCUUCUGGUCAUCCUUGAUGUGGGAGAUUUCCUCGCUAUGCUGAUGUCUAGAGCCUACGUGCGCAUUCAUACUCUUUGCAAAAACCUCCGCUCCCACACCUGGUCUCCAUGGAAGGCUCGGAAGAGGACAAGGGACUCAAGCAACAUGGCUCUGGAGAACGGUAACUUUUCCUUCAGCCAUGAGGCUGUUGUCCGUGAACCGCUUGACAUCCGGCACGUACUGCACAGCCAGGCGGCUGUACGGCACAACUCCAUCCUGCUCCAAAACAACAAAGAGAUCUUUGAGAAGAUUCUUGCCAGGGAGAAUUUACUUAGAAAGAACCCACUGCUCAGGUGCCUCUCUUGCCCAGAGCUAGACCGACUGCCACCAUCACCCAAAGGAAAUGCCAUUUGGGACUUCACAGGGUUAGGGGAUGGAAUGGAAACACUGGAUGUACCCUUUGUACUGAUUCUUUUCAUCGUGUUUGCCUACAUUUUUUUAGGAGGUUGGAUUCUGCCACUGUGGGAAACAGAAUUCCAUGGCUUUGACCCCUACUACUUCUGCUUUAUCACACUCACUACUAUUGGUUUUGGUGACAUUGUACCAAAUCAUCCUAGGUACUUCAUGCUUACCUCACUCUUCAUCAUUGUUGGCAUGGCCAUCAUGUCCAUGGCUUUCAAGCUAAGCCAAACACGAAUUGUAAGCUGUUACCGCCAAUGCAUCAAGUUCAUCAGCAGAGGACAUGUGAAGACUUUCAAAGAUCAAGAGAAUGACUAAGUCACCAAGAGAAUCUCUGCCCUAAUGUCCAUGAGUUGUACAAGCUCACAGUCUGUGGGAACUUGUCCAGUGCAUUAUUUGUGCUGGCUGUUCGGUUAUAAGCAUGAGCAAAGUAAAAAGUGUGCAUGUGACAAAUGCUUUUCCCCAGUUAAGAUGGGUGAUAUUGAAAUUGUUGCCUAACACGAAUGACAUCCAAUUCUGCAUAUAGCUGUAGUAGCUGUAGUAUCUUGAGUACUAGCAAUUAAACUGCCUUAAACAAGAAUAAAGCAUUUUGCUCGUUGCUUUUGCACAGAGCUGUGUGCCUUAUGCGCCGGAGCGCACUAUACGCCUCGAGUUGAAAAAACAUCUACUCAGAGCCAAAAAAGGGCUAAGGAGAGGUGAUUCAGUGGUUUCUUUAGGAAGAACAACAAAAAAAGAUGCAGCUGAUCUGGGCGUUGUCAACCAAAAGGCAGUGCAGUGUAUCAACCGCUUUGCAACCUGAAAACGUGUCUGAUCAAGGGCCAGCGACUCUACAGAGGAUGGGCACAAUAGGGUUGCAUUUGAUUACAAGUCACAACUCUAGAUUCCCUACUUACAUGUAGGAAAAUCUAAAUGAAUUUCAAAUUUAUUCAUUUAUACUCUAU